GGUCGAGCAACCACCCAUGGAGGAGGACAGCAAGAAGAGCCCAUCCUCAUCCCGAUCUCCGAUGGCGAUAGAGGAGGAGCAGGGGUUUCCCGCGGGUCUGAAGGCGGAGGAGUACGCGGAUCUGCGACACAGGGUGGAGUCGCACCACCGGUACCAGGUUGGGCCGGGACAGUGCUCCUCCCUCCUCGCACAGCGGAUCCGAGCCCCUGCCGCCACCGUCUGGUCGGUGGUCCGGCGGUUCGACCGCCCCCAGGUCUACAAGCACUUCAUCAGGAGCUGCGCCGUGAAUGGCGGCGGGGAGAUCCGGCCGGGGUGCCUCCGCGAGGUGAGUAUCAUCUCCGGCCUCCCGGCGAGCACCAGCACCGAACGGCUGGACGUCCUCGACGAGGCCCUGCGGAUGACCGGCUUCACCAUCGUCGGUGGCGAGCACCGGCUCCGGAACUACCGGUCCGUCACCACCGUCGACGAGCUCCGAGGGAGCGGCGGGACGUGGGCGGUGGUGCUGGAAUCUUAUGUGGUGGACGUGCCGGAGGGCAACACGGAGGACGACACCAGGCUCUUCGCCGACACCGUCGUCCGCCUCAACCUCCAGAAGCUCGCGUCCGUGGCAGAGGCGCAGCCCUUGCCGGCGGCGGCAGCGGUGUAGGGGGAGCUCAGAGAACUGACCCCGCCGCUCACGACCCGAGGAGAGAGGUGGAGAGUUUGCCUUCGGGGAUGGCGAUGUGACGUAAUAAUGACGUGUUUCAAAUGGUUACAUUACCAAAAACACGCUUCUAUUCUUCCAAUAUCGCAGUAGACCCUCCGCGGUCGGUCUCAGUCACCCAUCUUUUGCGGCCACAGGCGAUGUUCCAGUCAUUCUCUUCUUCUUUCGGUCUCUUUCCCUUUGCUUGUUUGUGGUGGUGACAUAGAUUGGAUCUCAGAAAAGCUUCCAAGGAAACGCUUGUUCUACAAUAAACCACCACAGCUGUGUGUGUGUGCGCGCGCCUGAGAAAAGACUAAAGAUAUGGUGCUGAUGCAUCUCAUGUGGCCUAUCAUCUUAUUAUUAUAUGAUGGCAUCUCUUUGGCUGUUGA